AUGGUAUCGAAAAGAAAUUAUGAAUCCCUCCCUACCAGCAACCUCAAAAAGCGACUACCAGCUUUUCAAGCCAUAGCACAAGAUGAACCCCAGAUAAGCCAAGAAUCGACUAGAAACAUAUUUGUUUCAGGAAUCGACCCAUGGAUUGUUCUUUCUGAUAUUCAAAGAAUAUUCGAAAAAUUUGGAGAUCUCCAUGUCUUCGAUACCCAUCAUUUGGCGUUUUCCGAAGUGAUAGUAUCUUAUUAUGACAUUAGAGAUGCUCGCCACGCCUUCGUAUCCCUAUCCCAAAUCUACUUCGUUAAAUAUCUUCCCGACCCUUUGGAAGUUGAGUAUAUUGAUUUUGUUGUGUUGAGUGACCCAUUAGAUAACAACCCAAACCUGAUUUUCAAAGCACUAGGGCAAGAAUCAAUGCAAAUAAUGCGCAUUGAUUCAUAUUGAAUUGUCAAAUAUUAUGAUAGAAGAAGAGUUUGGCUUGUUCAAUCCUCAUUGCUUCAUGAAGAUGUGAAAAUCAAAUAUGAAAAAAUAUGACCGUCUGAUCUAAAAUUCGAAGAAAAAGGCCAUCCAGACCCUUGCGACACUAAUCCUAUUGAAAAGGAGCCAUUAGCAUUAAUUGAUCUUAAUGCAAACAUGAAUUCUAUAGGCCCUCAAAUAAUCCCUAAAAGACAUUCCGUUGUUCCCAAAAAGAAAAUUGAAGGUGAAGACAAAGGAAAUUAUGUGAUUUCGCUAGAAUUAGUUCUCUCAAAUGUUGAUCGUAGGACAUAUAAUUAAAAUAUGGCGUCUCAGCCUGGUCAUGGCCUCCCGGCCAUGGGGCUUCGAGCACAUAUUUUAAUUAUAUCUGUCAAGGUUUUGCCAUUCUGGAAAUGAGCAACAAUGCCAGGCAAGCAAUUCUGCAGAGCAGAGCCUGGCCCGUACUCAAUGACUGGGGUGGAUUUUACCUCGUGGGGGAAGGAAGGCACAGCGUUUGGAAAGGGGAACCCCAACAGAGUCCUCUGGACCAUGCGGGCAACUCCCUAGCGUGAAACUGGGUGUUACAUCCCAAAUCCUGUGUUCUCCCUUUUUACCGAGAGUCAGCCAGAAAAUUCGUUUUUUUUUGAAUUUUCGAGCAGGUAGCUCAUGUAUCAAGAGAAGUCGCUCACUCAUGAGCAAUCGAAGUCGGUGACAUCAUCUGGAGGUGCGUGGUGCGCUGUGCGUGGUGCGCGGUGCGGUCGUACCAGGAGGCUGUGCAUCGUCCCUACGUGUCAAGAGAUGGUGGUGGGCCUGGAACACCUACCCAUGAGGGAUGCUAAGCGUGAUAUUAAUUUAAGUAAGCAAUCGUAGGACAACGAUUAUGAUAAAAAAUAUUCCAAAUAAAUACACUCAAGCGAUGCUUAUUCAAUCAAUUGACUUACGUCAUGCUGGGAGUUAUGAUUUCUUAUAUCUUCCAAUUGAUUUUAAAAACAAAUGCAACGUCGGCUAUUCUUUUAUCAAUUUUAUUGAUCAUAGAUUCAUUCCUGCGUUCUAUCAAGAAUUUGAUGGGAAGACUUGGGAAAGGUUUAACAGUAAUAAAAUUUGUGCUUUGAGCUACGCAAGAAUACAAGGUAGGGCUGCUUUGGAAAAGCAUUUCCAAAGUUCAAGCAUAAUGGUACAAAACGAUACCAGUAUGAAACCUCUGAUUCUUUCUUAA